AUACAUAAUUAAUUAAUUAAUUCGACGGGUGCAAAGUAAAAAAAGUCAACUGCAAUUUUGAGAUUUUGGUUUUUUUGUAAAAACUAACUUAAAAUAUCAUGUUCUACAACAUAGCAAAAACAAAAACACAAAAAUCAUCUAAUUUUUGGUACUUUUUUUACGUAAAAGAAGACAACUACACCUGUUUUGUGAAAUUGCGCGAUGUAGAUGCGGGUAGUUACCGCUGGCCGUUUAUACGCGGGACGCGCGGGGGGCCAGCGGUCAGUCAUAUUUCGUCAUCAGUCAGAUGACAUGUGCUUCGCCGGCCGGCACGAUUAUUUGUUUCUUUUGAUUUGUUAAGUGAUAAAGUUUGUCGAAAAGUGUUAUCAUACUAGUAAACAGUUUGCAUUUAACACAAUAGACAUGGAAAGACGUAAAUUAUUGGUGAAUUUGGGCAAAACGAGACGACAGUGCGCUAUUAUGAACCGAGAAGAUCUGUUACAACUUAUUGAUAACAACCGUGAAACUAGUUCUGAGAGUCCGAAGCGACCUUUUAAAGAAGAUGAAAGCUUACAGAACAUAAGCGAUGGUUUUUUUGAGAAAAAUGCUGUGUUGGCCGAUGAAGUUAUUGAACAUCUUAUAGAAGACCUUGAUGUGUCAGCAAUGAAGACAAAUGAGUAUCAGUUAACUUCGCAAGAUAAGUCUCCAUGUACUGUGUAUUCUAGGUCGGUCACACCAGUUCACCCUCAAUCUGACACACAAAUUAAUUGUGAAAAUUUUGAUAUUGGUAAUAGAGAUUCUCCGAGCAAAUUAUCGGAUAAUACACCAACACCCUCAGAAUACAAUUCAUUUACUUCAAGUCCGCCGUGUCCAUUAUCAGAAUUAGAUCAAAAUAUCUGUUUAUUAAACUCAGGGAGGCCAUCGAGUAUGUCACUUUCAAACUGUCAAUCUUAUACAAGCAACACCAGUGAUGCUUCUUCGGCUGUGGAGGCAUCAAGUGAAUGUUCUACGCCUUCCUCCUUAAAUGGUAGAAAAAGACGUCAGUUCAGUAUAGAUAGAACGAAGAAAAGGCGAUUGAGAAAUAAAGACAAGUGGAUUGAUACGAGACGUAAAUUACUAUUAAAUUCAGGUAAACAACAUCAGUCCAGAAAUGGAAAAUUGCAACCUGCUAAACAACUUAAGCCGUCAUGUGGUAUUUGCAAAUUUAACUGUAGCGCAAAAAUAUCUCACGAAGAUAGAAAACUUAUCUUUGAUCGUUUUUGGAAUCUCUGUGAUCACGAAAAGCAAUGGGUUUUUAUAGGUAAAUAUACAAAACGUUGUAUGAAACGAAGAAUUACUACAGAGAAUGAUUCUAAACGCCAAUACAGUGUAAACUAUACACUUCCAACAAAUUUAAAAGAAACCAGCCCUAGAACUAUAAAAGUGUGCAAAACAAUGUUUAAGAAUACGCUGUCGGUAAGUAAUCAGUUUAUACAGAUAAAUAUGAUAAAAAUACUAGUAGCUGUGAAAAAGAUUUCAGAGGUCGUCUGGCAAUAAAAACAAGGUUUGUACAGCCGCCAUAAUAAAAGGAGUGUGUGAUCAUGUCAACUCGUUUCAACCAGUGGAGUCACAUUAUACAAGAAAAGACACAAACAAAGUUUACUUGGCUGAUUUAAAUUUCUCCACAAUGUUUAAGUUGUACCAGACUUGGGCAGAGGAAAAUAAUAUUGUGGAGAGAGUACAAACAGCGCGCCAGUACCGAGAUAUAGUUAUCAAGGAAAUGAACAUAGCCUUUUAUAUUCCUAAAAAAGAUCAGUGCGACGUCUGUAUAGCAUUUAAAAAUUGCCUUCCUUCACUAACCUCACAACAAGAUGAGUACAAUAAACAUAUUCAAGAUAAAAAUAUAGCGAGAUCUUUAAAGAAACAAGACAAAAAUGAAGCAUCUUCUAAUCCUGAAACUAUAACUUCGGCCACCUUUGAUUUCCAAAAAAUUUUGUCGACACCACACGGAGAAACCCGUUCGUUUUAUUAUAAGCGUAAACUUUCUGUUUUUAAUUUUACUGUUUUUGAUAUGGGACUUAAAAAAGGAAUAUGUUAUUAUGUGGCCUGAAACUAUAGCUAAGCGGGGUUCGAAUGAAGUGGCUAGUUGCCUUUAUAAUUUUAUACAACAGUCAACUGAUAGAGGCAUCAAAGAUAUCCGCCUGUGGUCCGAUAACUGUGGCGGUCAAAACAGGAACCGUAUUGUAUUUCUGAUGUAUGUAUACUUUUUAUUUCCAAAAAUGUAUAAGAAGUUACGUUUUUUUUAUUAUAAUAAAUGAAUGAUUCAUAAAUAAAUAUUUCAUUUAACCUCCUUCUUAAUCAUGUUCCUGGCACCAAAUCGACGACGUAGAAAAAGACAUCUGCGCAAUUAAGUUCAAAACUUGGUGUAUUUAAGAUGUAAAACUGUCAUUAACUAAUUUUAAUAAUAGGAAGUGUUACACUUUUCGUUUUACUGAAAUAUACUAAUCAUACUUUACUAAAUCUAAUUUUUUAAAUUCCCAUGUAGAAACGACCAAGUGGUAGUUAACACAGUUGUCUUUUUUUGAAGAGCAAAGUAGAUACAGACAACUACAAUAUCUCGAAAAUUAAACAUAAUUAGAAAAAACGAAACAUACAUGUGGAUAUAUUAUUAAAUAAUAAAGCAAUGAUGAAAAUUUCAAUAAAUUUGGUUUAAAAUUGACAAAAUGGGAGCAUUUUUUCCUAUUAUGCGCUCUCCUGUAAAGUAGCAGUUUUGUAGAUGACUCUUUUUACUUUGCACCCGUCGAAUUAAUAAUACUAAUAAUGUCGG